AUGGUAGUUAGAUCUUCAACAAGAAGCUCUAGCACUCAGAAGAUAUUUGAUGCACUCAAUGGAAGCGAGUCAUCGUAUAGCUUUAUUAGGGAUUAUUUAAAUGCGUUAAGAUUGUAUCCGGUGAGUAUUAAUGAGCCAAUUGAUUAUAUGCUGCCGAGUAUUUUUUGUUCGUUAGUUACUUCUGUGAAGACGGGCUUGUUUAUGUGGGCUCUGAUGAUCGCAAGAUCCUCGGAUAACGCUGGGUCUAUAGCCUUUGAAAUUGGAAUGUGGGCGUUUAUGAUACUGAUGGGUUUUUGCUUUGUUGCAGGAUUUGUGUAUAAGAAGGCGUUGGGAAGGAUGAUGGGCGAUGCAUCAUACGCAGGCUAUGUCUAUAUGGUUGGUCUUUCUGUUGUACACAUUCCAUAUAUAUUACUCGUGUAUACACUUGUAAAUCCGAAAAGCAUACUAAGAUUCAUCUGCCUGAUCAUUUUGGCAUCGAUAUCUCAGUUUUCACUAAAGACAUCAAUGCUGAAGGAUCAUCAGUUUGAAAGCGGUAGAGAUAGUUUUAUAUUUGAGAUUCUGAUGUAUGCGCUGCAGAUUGGUUUAGUAUUUACUGCAGUGAGCACUUUGAGCUCAUUUAUUGGAGAAUAA